AUGAGAAUGCUUCUGCAUUUGAGUUUGCUAGCUCUUGGAGCAGGCUAUGCCUGUGCUCUUGCCAUAGAAAGUCCUGUGCAUAAGCUGGUGGCUGAGACCUUGACACUGCUUUCAACUCAUCGAACUCUGCUGACAGGCAAUGGGACCCCGACGAUUGCUACUCCUAUGCAUAAAAAUCACCAACUAUGCAUUGAGGAAAUCUUCAAGGGAAUAGACACACUGAAGAAUCAAACUGUACAAGACAAUGCUGUGGAAAAACUAUUUCAAAACUUGUCUUUACUCAGGGAAUACAUAGAUAGCCAAAAAAAAAAGUGUGGAGAAGACAGACGGAAAGUAAAGCAAUUCCUAGACUAUUUGCAAGAAUUUCUUGGUGUAAUAAACACUGACUGGGUAAUAGAAAGUUGA